AAACAUUUGCUUUACUUCGUGGAAAGCUGGGGCAAGUUACAAGAAUUAUUUCUUACAAUUGUGUGUUGCAUCAGCGAAUGAAAAGAAUAUAUAUUGAAAAACCAUGCCAUCCUAUCUCACAAGGCAGAAGACGAGACAAACUUUCUCAUGGGUUGGCAGGCCAUUGCCGAGUCGAAAUCACUUCCACCAAAUGUACAAAGAAAUUUGUAUGAAAAUCAAUGAUCGUUCUGAGAUUCACAUCAAGGUUGGACAGUUUGUAUUGAUUCAAGGGGAAGAUAAUAAAAAGCCCUAUGUUGCUAAACUGAUUGAAUUAUUUCAAAAUGAGUCUGAAGUUCCUCCCAUGAAAUGUGCACGAGUACAGUGGUUCAUCCGAUUCUCUGAGAUUCCUAUCUCUAAAAGGCAUUUGUUAGGCCGGAGGCCUCAUGCUCAGGAGAUAUUCUGGUAUGACUGUUCUGACUGUGAUAACAACAUUUAUGUGGAAACCAUCAUUCGCCCUGUUCAGGUAAUGGCAUUAGCCCCAGAAGAGGUGAUGCCUGUGAAUCAGAAAAGUGAGGAGGCACUGUUUGUGAAGCUAUCCUGGAAUAAAAAGAACUUUGUACCACUGUCACCAGAGGUACUUGCAGCAUUGAGGAAACUAGAAGAUAGUCCUGAGUGCCAAACACCUACAGAACCCAAGGUUAAGAAUGUAAAAAGUCCUUCCUGGAACACAACAGAACAAGAGGUCAAAAGGAUCGAAUCCAGUCAUUCCACUUCCAAAUCUCACCAGACUCCUGCUCAUACUAUCACCCCCAGUGCAAAGAAAUCACUGGAACUCAAUGGCUUAGGUUUUACCAGGAAGCCUAACAUGAGGCUGUCACCUAAGAGCUUAUGUGACUCCUUGGAUUCUCAAAAAACAUCUAAACGAAGAGCAGCCUUCUCUGAGACCACCUCACCACCUAAAAAGUCUAAACCUGGUAAAAUCAAGACCUAUUCACCUUUGGAAACUCUAGGAAAAAAUGGACAGGUUCAACCUUUUUGUGCCAAGGGUAACAUGACUCUGCGAGCCCGGGGCCCAGCUGUGAUGACCACAAAGCUUGGUGCGGAGAGCGCACUUAGCCCUGUAAGGAACGGGUUGAGGUCUUCAGUGGUGCCCUCUGAGAGUCUGACACCACAAUACACUGGGAGGAAGACAAAAGAACAAGAAACUCACAAAGAACCCAUCCAUACUUCUCAUCGAGUCCAUAGAAGAAAUUCUCUCUUGACUUUGAAGAGGAUUAGGCAACAGCUCUGGUUUCUAGAUGGUGAUGAAAGUGACCAAGAAGAGGAAGAGUCCAUAUCCUCAGCAGAAGUGUCAGCCUCUGAUGGUGAGGAGGAAGAUGAGUUUAUUCCCUCCCUUCCAACAAGAAAUUCCCUGGGGCAGUCCAGGACCCGGAGAAGGGCCUCUAAGCCAUCAUUGCAGACCCCCUCCAAGUCACCAAAGAAAACUUCUAGAUAUAGAACACCUCAUCGUGCCACUCCUCAGAUCCGAGACAGAAACUUGGCUGUCCAGGAGCCAGCUAGUGUGCUAGAAGAGGCCCGGCUGAGGUUGCACGUUUCUGCUGUGCCUGACUCUCUUCCCUGUCGAGAGCAGGAAUUCCAAGACAUCUACAACUUUGUGGAAAGUAAACUUCUUGAUGGGACUGGAGGGUGUAUGUACAUUUCUGGGGUCCCUGGAACUGGGAAGACAGCCACUGUGCAUGAGGUCAUACGCUGUCUGCAGCAGGCAGCACAAACAAAUGAUGUUCCUUCCUUUCAAUACAUUGAGGUUAAUGGGAUGAAGCUGACAGAGCCCCACCAAGUCUAUGUGCAGAUUUUACAGAAACUGACAGGCCAGAAGGCAACAGCUAAUCAUGCAGCAGAACUGCUGGCAAAGCAAUUCUGCAGCCAAGGGUCCCAGAAGGAAACCACCGUGCUGCUUGUGGAUGAGCUUGACCUUCUUUGGACUCACAAACAAGAUGUAAUGUACAACCUCUUUGAUUGGCCUACUCACAAAGGAGCGCAGUUGGUAGUGCUGACCAUUGCCAACACCAUGGACCUUCCAGAGAGGAUCAUGAUGAACCGUGUGUCUAGCCGACUGGGCCUCACCAGGAUGUCUUUCCAGCCCUAUUCUCACAGCCAACUGAAACAGAUCUUAGUGUCCCGACUGAAGCAUUUAAAGGCCUUUGAGGAGGAUGCCAUCCAGUUGGUAGCUAGAAAGGUAGCAGCCCUCUCUGGAGAUGCUCGGCGUUGCCUGGACAUCUGCAGGCGUGCCACCGAGAUCUGUGAGCUUUCCCAUCUACGUGGUGACUCUCUGAGCCUGGUGACUGUGGCCCACUUAAUGGAAGCUAUAGAUGAAAUGUUCUCCUCGUCCUAUAUUACUGCCAUCAAAAACUCUUCUGUCCUGGAACAGAGCUUCCUGAGAGCCAUUAUUGCGGAAUUCCGUCGAUCAGGACUAGAGGAAGCAACGUUUCAACAGAUAUACAGUCAACAUGUGGCUCUGUGCAGAAUGGAGGGACUGCCGUACCCAACCAUGUCAGAGACCAUGGCUGUGUGUUCACGUCUGGGUUCUUGCCGCAUUCUUCUGGUGGAGUCCAGCAGGAAUGACCUCCUUCUUCGAGUGAGACUCAAUGUUAGCCAGAAUGAUGUGCUAUAUGCUCUCAAAGAAGAGUGAAGGACUUCACAAACUUCUGCUUUUCCUCAAAGGACUUUAUUUUCCUUCAAAACAUGGAAUUAUGGCAAAAUAUACAGGAUGAAAAUGGUUGUUGUAAA